AUGAAUCAGUUGGACGACGUGGAUAUCCCAAGUUGUAAUAAGACACCGACUGCGGGACACUUUUGCCGACCGUGGUGUGUUCCACCGAUCAUCCUCAUCACUAAACCUGGUCUUCAAAAGCCUGUCAUUUCUCUCUCCCUUUUCGUCCAGGUGCACAAUCUGUCUCCCCUUCCACCUACUCCUGGCACUCCCCCUCUUCUCUACCUAAGGGAGAGGGGAGCGCAGGACAGCGGAGGGGCGAGAGAGCGAGACUCUCAAUGA